AGAGCACUCGCUUUGUUGGACUGAAGAUGAGCUGGUUAUCUAACACAGAUCCUGCGCAUCGCUCCUUUCCCGCGCAUGGCUCGUCCGUGGUGACAAGCCUCCUGUUAUCACGCGGACGCAUCAUCUCUGCAUCGGACGACCAUUCCAUUCACGUGUACUCGCUGCUCUCCGGAGAGCUGCUCCAUUCACUCGAAGGACACGAGAGCGGCGUCUGGGCCAAUGCUGCAAAAGGCGAUACCCUUGUGAGCGGGUCUUCAGACCGGACUGUCCGAGUGUGGGAUCUCGCGACGGGCAAGUGUACGCACGUCUUCGGUGGGCACACGAGCACAGUGAGGUGCGUCGCGAUCGUCACGCCCGAGUGGGUGGAUGUGGAGGAUGAGAACGGGGCGGUGACAAAGGAGAAAUGGCCCAAGCGCUCGGUGAUCGUGUCGGGGAGCAGAGACCACUCGAUGCAUGUUUGGGCGCUCCCGCAGCCGAAUGACGAGGAGUACAAGUCCAUUGUGCCUGAGUAUGAAGAUGAGGAAGAUGACGUUACAGGGAACCCUUACCACCUGUUGCAUCUGACGGGACACGAGAACGCUGUUCGGGCGCUCGCCGCACAAGGACGUGUUGUGGUUUCGGGAAGCUAUGACAACACGGUUCGAGUAUGGGACAUCGUGACGGGAGAGUGCAAAUGGAUGCUCACCGGCCACAAGAAAAAGGUGUACAGCGUCGCACUUGACCUCGCGCGACGUCAGGCUUACUCAGGCUCAAUGGAUGACACCGUCCGCAUCUGGGACAUUCAAAACGGCCAAUGCAAGCACACCCUCACCGGCCACACGUCUCUCGUCGGCCUCCUGGGCUUGUCGUCCAGUCACCUCGUCUCGGCAUCUGCAGACGCCAACAUCUGUAUCUGGGACCCAGAUACGGGCGAGCUCAGACACAAGCUCACAGGGCUCCUGAGCGCAGUCACCUGUUUCCAGCACGAUGACUCCAAGGUUCUCAGCGGAUCAGACGGCGUGCUCAGGAUGUGGAGUGUCCGUGACGGAACGGCCGUGCGGGACUUACUGACGGGUCAGAUGGGUGUCUGGCAAGUUGCGUUUAAUGGGCGAUGGUGUGUCGCCGCCUCUAGCCGCAAUGACCAAACAAUGCUGCAUAUAUGGGACUUUGGGGUGGAUGGAGACGAGAUGCACGGUGAAGAGACGGAGGAUGGCAACGACGAUGCGAAGUGACAAGGGGCAGCUGGCCGCCGACGUCGAGAAACUAGGUACUCAUGUUUAUUUAUGCUAUUCAGUUUCGCUCGAUUUCCUGGAAAUUCUUGCAUACCAUAGGCUAUAAGCUUGUAAACUAUAGGUCCCAAGUUAGCAUGAGGAAUGAUACUCGCAUCUGUUUCAAACGUGCAAACGAC